AUGGAUGACCAGUUAGAUAUUCAACAAGAAUCAUUAGACGAGGUCGGCAGUCUGUGUUCACCGGCACCAAUGAGAAAAUCUGAUACUCGGGAUAGUAUUUCUUCCAUUGACAGCGAUGUCAGUUUGUCUUUUGAUAGGCGAGGCUCCAAAAGUGAAGAAGCUGAUUUUUCAGAUUUUGGCAGCAGUAUUGAUGAACCUGAUCGUGUUUCUCCAGUUGCAACGUCGUCUACAGUUAACAAUGUUGCGGAAAAUAUUAAAUUACAGCCGGAAGAAAUAUGUGUUGAUAAUAAUGUAGAAAAAAAUAUAGAUGAUAGCUCUAAAGAAGAAUCAGAUGGCUAUCACUCAAAAAGCGGCGAUGAAACAACUGCAUUAAAUCCUCUUAGUUCUUCUGAUCAACAAGAAGAUGAUGUUCCUCCAAUUUGCAGCGAUGAUCUGGCUGAAAAAAUAGCCGCUCAAGUAGAAUUUUACUUCUCUGAUGAAAAUAUUGUUAAGGAUGCAUUUUUACUAAAACACGUUAAAAGAAAUAAAGAAGGAUACGUAUCAUUAAAAUUAAUAUCCAGUUUUAAACGUGUUAAGCAUUUGAGCCGAGAUUGGAGAGUUGUUGGAGCUGCUUUAAGAGCUAAGUCUACUAAAUUGCAAGUUAAUGAUUUAGGUACCAAGCUUAGACGUCGAGAUCCUCUGCCGCAGUAUGAUCAAACUUUGCCAUCUAGGACAGUUAUUGCCGCGAAACUUCCGCUUGAAAAAUUGACCAUUGAGUCGGUCGCUGAAUUGUUCAGGCAGUUUGGUGAAAUCGCUCUUAUCCGGAUAUUGAGACCAGGGCAUCCAGUUCCUGCAGAAGUGCGUCAAGCUAUUUCAAAGAGGCCCGAGCUUGGAACUGAUGAUGAAUGCGCCUUGAUAGAGUUUACAGAUUCAGCUGCCGCGCGAGCAGCUCAGCAACUAACCUUGGGUGAUGCUGUUAUUUAUGAGUUGCAGCAAAUAUCUUCGGGAGAGAAAAAACGCAAACAACAGUCGAGUCAGCAACAAAAUCAACCGCAAUCUCAGCCGUCGAAAAAAAGUGUUGCAGCAAGACUCUCUGCUGCUAGAGAAAAUGUUUAUUCUUCAAGUUGUCCCAGUGGAUCUGAAGAAGACAAUCGAGGAUCUAAAUUUAAAUCCGGAAGAGUUUAUCAGAGCAAAAGAGAUAUUAUACCACCUAGUCCUUACACUUGUCAUGCAUGUGCAAUUUCCGGAACGGAAAAUAACUCGCUUCUGAUGCGCCGACUUUCUGCAUGUUCUACUUCAGGCUCCAGCUCAGACGUUUCAAGUUACUCGGGCAGUCGACGAUUCUCUUCAUGCUCUUCCGCUUCCGAUAACAGCUUCGGUUCGCCUCUUUAUCACCACUCGCCUCACCAAAGUCAUCACAAUCUCUAUCCCCCGUUUAAUUAUUGGCCUGGUCAGCCAACUUCCCGUCGAUUUUCCUGCUGCACGCCCUCAAACAUAACUUCUCAGAAUAUAGGAGGUUACGGCUUCGAUUAUCCCAACGGAUCGUUUUAUCAUCAAACAGGUAGACGUGGAUCUGCAGAGUGUGGAACAUUCCUUCGAAGGCUCUCUAACUGCAGCAGAGAUUCCGGUUAUGAUCCAGGAUCCAGAAGACUUUCUUCUUGCUCAUCCGGGUCUGAUUCUUGUUCAGGUUUUCGCUCUCGCAGCAAUAGUGGGUUUGUUCUUAUGGCUCAUUUACCUGAAAAUGUCACCAGAUUACCAUCAGGACCUGAUGGAACUCGAGGUUUUGGUAGGAGCAAUUCUGCUGUUGAAACUUCAACAUCAAAUACUGUUGACCCUUCGUGUGGAUAA